AUGCAGAUCCUGACGUGCCCGGUCCAGCUGCAGCGCCUGGAGGAGGCCCUGCGGAGGAGCCUGCCUGCCACCCUGCCGGUCCUGGGGACCGUGAUGACGAUUGCCUUGGGGAACCCAGCCUCCUACGAGGUGCUGGUGGACUCCUGGCCCCAUUUUGGCGUUGUUCUGACCCGCCUGCGUCCAGAGGUGCUGUUCUGGGAAAACAAGGACCCUGGGGACUUCUACACCAACCAGCUGACCGUGUACUACCGGGAUGAGGGUGCCUGGCGGGCGCUGCUGCGGGGCACCAAGGCGGUGGGGUGGACCAAGGCCUUCCAGAUUCAUGGGAUGCAGGAGGGGAUGUACCAGGCCAUGCGCCAGGCGGCCGAUGCCAAGGGGCUGCGGAUGGAGACGUAUCGGUACCAGGCCCUGCUGAGCCCCCAGCCCCCACAGCCCCGCAAGCAGGUGCCACCAGGGCUGCGCCUGGCACCCGUGUCCCCGUCCCACGUCCCGCUGCUCAACGCCACGUGGGGUUCUGGUGGCAACGUGCGCAGUCAGCGAUACCUGCUGGGGCUGGUGCAGACCCUGCCCAGUGCCUGCCUGCUGGGACCCCGCGGGCGCCCCGUGUCCUGGAGUGUCCUGGACCCCCUGGGCUGCCUGACCCAUGG